UCAAGCCAUUUUCUCUGGCUUGUCUUCCACCAAUGACUAUUCCAAAUCUGAAUCCCGGCGACGCGGACACCGACGAAUCAGACAUGCUCAUCCUCUCCCUCUCAACAACUCCCGCUAACCCGGGCAAGGAGGCGAUCCGACCGCCUUUUCCGUGGGCGACCGACCGUCGCGCCACAGUGUACAGCAUAGAGCACCUGCAGGCUAGCGGCAUCGCCACCAUCACGGGCAGCGUGAAGUGCAAGCGAUGCGACAAGACGUUCGAGGUGGAGUACGAUCUGGCAGCCAAAUUCAGUGAGGUGGCGGAAUACAUCACGAUGCACAGCCAUGAAAUGCGCCACCGCGCGCCGGCGGUGUGGAGUAGCCCCACGCUGCCGGACUGCAGGUUUUGCGGGCAGCGGAAUUGCGCGAAGCCGGCGGCGUCGGAGAAGAAGAGGGAGAUUAAUUGGUUGUUCCUGUUUUUGGGACAGAUGGUGGGGUGCUGCAAGCUAUCUGAGUUGAAGUAUUUCUGCAAGCAUACCAAGCAGCAUAGAACGGGCGCCAAGGAUAGGGUUUUGUAUCUUACUUAUCUCCAGAUUUUCAACCAGCUUAGUCCAGCCCCUUGAUCUUCUUCUCU